AUGGACUCUGCAGAAUUUGCCCCAUUCCAGGCGGAAUUGACAUCUGCUCUAGUCCAAGUGACUCGAACCGUUGGACAGCUCUCGUCAGAAGAUCUGAACUUCCAUCGCACCUCCAGCGCGAAAUUUUCCGAGUCACUAGAUGAACAGAGCGAGCGAAUCAUUGCGCUGACCUCGGCUGUAAUCAAAGCUGCCUCCGCUGGCACCGAUGUAACCGGACCGACCCUUCACGAUGAGGAUUCAGUCGAGGACAAUUGGCGAGGCGUGGUGGAUGUGAUUGAUUUGCUGCUGGAAAAAGCGGACGCCUGCUUGGAUGAGUUCACCGGUGUGAUCAAAAAACUCAGCCCGUCACAGGAGGAGCAAGCUCCUGUGGUCAAGAAGGGCCCUAAUUUCCCGACUAUCUACGAUUACGGCCCGUCUAAAAUCCCCAAGCCUCAACUGGAUUUCGAGCGCAAGCCAGAUAACACAAACGUGGAACCAUUCAAACCCCUCCUCAAGUCCAAGCCUCAUGCGAUUGUUCCGUUGGAGAAGUGCCUGAAAAUGAAGAAGAUUGACGGCGCACCAGGCUACCCUCAUCCAUAUGAGACUGAGAUUCGCGAGUCCCAGUACCCGAAAUCGGUCUAUCAGAUUUCACCUCCAAUUGAAUACCUGCCCUUUGAGAGCACGACCGCUACGUUUGUUGAUACUUUGGACGGGGUCAAGGAAAUGCUGAAGGAGCUCAAAAAGGCAAAUGAAAUCGCCAUUGAUUUGGAACAUCACGAUGUUCACUCAUACCACGGUCUUGUAUCUUUGAUGCAAAUCAGUACCCGGGACAAGGAUUGGGUUGUGGAUACAUUGAAACCAUGGAGAGAAGAGCUGCAAAUGCUGAACGAAGUUUUUGCGGAUCCAAAGAUCUUGAAGGUCCUACACGGUUCCACCAUGGAUAUCAUUUGGCUGCAACGUGACCUGGGUCUCUAUAUGGUUGGAAUGUUUGAUACUUUUCAUGCUGCAUCCGCACUGGGCUUCCCCAAGCGGAGCUUGAAGUUCCUGCUUAGCAAGUUCGUCAACUUCGAGGCUGAUAAGCGCUAUCAAACUGCCGAUUGGCGAGCUCGCCCACUUCCAACUGAGAUGUUCGAUUAUGCCCGCUCUGAUACCCAUUAUCUUCUUUACAUUUACGACCGUCUGCGAAACGACCUUAUUGAAAAUUCGACCGAAGAAGCGAGCCACAUCGAUUACGUCAACGAAGGAUCGAAGAAGGAAGCAUUGCAACGCUAUGAACGCCCUGUUUACGAUGCCAUCAAUGGCCAUGGCCCAGGAGGCUGGUACGAUCUGCUAUGGCGUAACUCAAGUAACCUCACCAAGGAGCAGUUCGCUGUUUUCAAGGCAGUCCACCAAUUCCGGGAUGAGGUGGCACGCGCUGAGGAUGAGGGCUGGCAAUGCGUUUUUCCCAAACAUAUGCUCUUCAAACUUGCUCAAGCUAUGCCGCUUGACCUGGGAACUCUAUUCCGAACCCUGUCACCUGUGACUCCCAUCACAAAAGAUCGGGCGCCAGAACUCUUAGAUGUUAUCAAGCAAGCCAAGCUAGCCAGCAUUGAUGGCCCAGAAUGGCGCGAUGUUGCACCCCCAAAACAUUUUGCAAAGGCGGGCGAAGCUCUUCCCUUGGAUCUUUCUAACGUUCCUAUCGCUGGACGAAUAUUCUCUGACCGCUGGGGCAGAGGCCCUGCGUCUUUCUCUCCCCUUGCCACCCAUGCCAGCAACCGUCUCCCAAACUCGGGACCACCUCGGCGCAGCAACAAAACCCGCUGCCUCCCAACCCACAACUCCCCCUCUCCCAAGGAGCCAGAGGCGAAGAAGUAUUUCACUGUCAAGGAUCUUGGUGGUCCACGCAAACGAAAGGUCACUCCAGUCAACAACCCAGCACAGGCCCUCUCCACCACGGCCGACCUAGACGACACCAGUAACGACCCCGAUUCCGCCGAAAAGAAGAGCAAGAAGUCACGCAAGGAGAAGAAAGCAAAGAAGUCGAAAUCAAAGUCUCAAUCCGACGAAGCUCCCUUCGACUACGGCGCCGCCGAUGCCGUUCUCAACGCUCCUUCUGCCUCCACAACCCAGCCCCGUAGAAAGACUUUCAACCCCUACGCCAAGGCCAUGGAGGCUCCUUCAGGUGCGCGGAAGACUAAGCGAGACGAGGCCGGCAAGUCUCUCACUUUCCGCCAAUAG